AUGCAGACUGCUUGUACAAACAUUUAUGAAAGACUGUGCAAUAAGUGCAUCCGUGAAAUUUCCUUGCUACUAAAUAUUCCACGGUCAACUGUUAGUGGUAUUAUAACAAAGGAGAAGCAACUGGGAACAGCAGCAACUCAGCCACAAAGUGGUAGGCCAUGUAAAAUGACAGAGCAGGGUCAGCCCAUGCUGAAGCGCACAGUGCACAGAAGUCACCAACUGUCUGCAGAGUCUAUAGCUAAAGACCUCCAAACUUCGUUUGGCCUUCAGAUUAGCACAGCAACAGUGCAUAGAGGGUUUCAUGGAAUGGGUUUUCAUGGCCGAGCAGCUGCAUCCAAGCCUUACAUCACCAAGUGCAAUGCAAAGAGUCAGAUGCAGUGGUGUAAAGCAUGCUGCCACUGGACUCUA